CACAAACCAAUCACUGGAAAGACCAUGUGGACAUCUGGGAUGGAACAAAGUGCUUCAUACCGAGGGAACAACUGCCACUGCAACCAAACAAUCCACCACGUUUUCCGCUUAGAAGAACGAAGCAUUGGAAUGAUUCAAUCUUCGUUAUCCAUACCGGUAAAAGUGGGUCCUUUGCUUGCAUGCGUUGGAAGUGAUUCCAUUGAGGAGAAUUUGGUUUUGUAGGCCCCUGAAUACAUGUACAUAAUUAAUUGUAAGGUGGAUUCGACUUUCCUACAUUUGCUUAUCACUUUGCCUUGCGCGUGGAAUGGGACCUUAAAAGACGUCUUAAUUAAUGAUUGAUUGCCACAUUUGCAAUUUUGUUCUGUGAGAGGAAUCAAUCUCAUCUAUUACCGGUACAAAGACCACCAAACAACCAAGUUUUCAAAACCUGCAUUUUGUUUUCUGCCCAAUUCCACCAAAACAAGCGGUACCGCUAUAGUUUCCACGCCACGGUCGGCACGAUCUUAAAGGCCGACUUCGGUAUCGAUGUCAGCUCUGCUGUCAUAAAAUGCGUACGUACAACGCUGACACAAUGACGAUGCCUCCUCCAUCCACUGAAUCGAAUCAACGCAGAAGAAAGGUGAUCGCGAUGCGAUGAUGAAGAAGAAAGGAAUCUGUCUGUUUUACCUUUUCAAGUCCUCGUAACUCAGUAGUGCUGCACUUGUUCAUUCUUUCUUGAUCACCCACCAUGAAGCUUUUCAUUUCAGUUUCCAUGAUGUUUUGUAUCCUUUCUCGGACCACAUCGGCGUUUUCCUCGUUGACCUCCUCUUCUUUUACAAGGGUCAACACCUUUCGUCGUGGGUACUCGAAAUCUACCCUGUCCAUGAAACUUCAAACCGCCAUUGUGGGGCUCCCAAAUGUCGGAAAGUCGACUCUUUUCAAUGCUCUCACAGAAACUCAGAGUGCCGAAGCCGCCAAUUAUCCAUUCUGUACCAUUGAGAGCAACGUGGGUAUUGUCUCCGUGCCGGAUCCCAAACUCAAGGUCCUCUCGGACAUUAACAGUUCGGAAAAGAUUGUUCCUGCUACCCUGGAAUUUGUGGAUGUAGCCGGACUCAUUAAAGGUGCCAGUUCUGGAGAAGGGCUUGGAAAUCAGUUUUUAACAUCGAUUCGACAAUGCGAUGCCGUGGUGCAUGUAGUCCGAUGCUUUGAGAAUGAAGAUGUGAUCCACGUGGAUGGGACGAUCGAUCCGAUCCGCGAUGCCGAGUUGAUCAACUUGGAAUUGGCUCUCGCCGAUCUGGCUUCAGUGGAGAAGCGUCUGGAACGAGUCAGGAAAGAUCGCAACGCAGAUCCAAUUGAAAAGCAGGCAUUGGAAAAGGUAGCAGCCGUAUUGCUCAACGAUGAGCCGGCCAGGAAUGCCAAUUUGGAUGACGAAGAAAAGCUUUCCAUCAAAUCCCUGGGUCUCUUGACACUGAAGAGCAUGAUCUAUGCUGCUAAUGUUGCAGAUGAGGAACUUGCCACGGGCAAUGCAAUGGUUGAUAAGUUGAAGGAAAUGGCCGAAAAGGAAGGGGCCAAGUUAGUCAUUGUUUCCGCUCAAGUAGAAUCAGAAUUGAUAGAGUUGGACGAUGAAGAACGAAAAGAUUUCCUGGCAGAUUUGGGUGUCGAAUUGGAGAACUGUGGCUUGCGAGCACUGGUACGAAAUGCCUACGAUUUGCUACAAUUACAAACCUACUACACCAGUGGACCCACAGAAACCCGUGCAUGGACCAUCCAAAAGGGCUGGUUGGCGCCGCAAGCUGCUGGGGUGAUUCACAACGACUUUGAAAGAGGCUUUAUCCGUGCCGAAACAAUCAGCUAUGACCAUUUGGUAGACUGUGGGAGCGAAGCCAAUGCCAAGUCAAAGGGACUGCUCCGAAGUGAAGGCAAGGAGUACGUAGUGCAAGAGGGUGAUGUCAUCCUCUUUAGAUUUAACGUUUAAGGAUCAGCCUUUCGCGGGUGCCGUGUCUUUUGGAAUGUGGGGUAUAUAAUAUGGCAGUCAUUGCCAAUCCCUGCCUCGGUAUCACGUUCAGUUUGCUGUCGAGGCAUCCGCAUAGGAAGGCAUAAUAAUGUGUCCUCCAGACCCAGAGAAGUAUGCAGGUACCGGAAGCAAGGCCCAUGUACGUUCCGUACCAAUGUUCUCGCCCAUUUGCUGCUCCAAUGGAUGUCUCAAGCUCCUACCAUCAUGCAAAAGUCUCCGAACGAAAUUCAAUGCUUGUACUAUCGACUGAUCUUCUAUCCAGCUAUCCGCUGCCCUUGUAGGGGUGACUCAUGAUCCUGGCACAAAAACUGAACCUUGUCUCCCAGAACCUGCCCCACUUCCGUUCCGGCUGUCUCUCACAAAUCCUCCCGUGCACCCCUGGUUCUGUGUUCUACAUGUAUUACAUGUACAGCACUCCAAGCUUUGUUGCCGUCUUCGAUUACAGUCCUCCAAGCUUGACACAAUUGCCGUCUCUCUUGCGCUACGGUAGGUGGUACUGGUACCGGCAGUCCAAGAGUAGCCCGCAAGGGUGUGGUUUGCUAGCUGCGAACUUCGAUGUGGUGCGUUGCACCUACAUCGUACGGUAGGGUUCGGUACGUCCACACAAAAUGUCUGAAUAAAUAUCAUACCGGUAGGCUAGCUAGCUAGUAUUGAAUUGGGGAGGGACUCGUACGUAGUAUCACGUCUACCGUACUUGUACUGUAGCACAGACCAUACCGGUACAUGUAUCAUAGGUAGAAGAAAAGAAAGAAUGCAGUCAUGUUCUAUUGUUUACUUUUUGGCGUCUUUCUUUUGUGCUGUCUUGGUAUCGUC